AUGAACUCAAUGACCGACUGCGGUUCGGAAUUCGAAGAAGAUCCUUUCAAUGAUCCAGAAAACAAUGAACUCAGGCUUUUGAGGAAGUUUGUGAUAAAUGAAGAACAUCUCACAAACAUUUCUAAAAUAGUUGAUUGUCCAUUCGAUACAAUAUAUCAAGGAAAAAUGAAAAUACCUGGAACACGUGAAGAAGGAUUACCUGUAGCUGUUAAAGAACCUCGAAAUGAAAGAGAUAGUAGAUCACAGAAAUAUGCAAUUGAUGAGUUGAAGAAUAUGAAUAAAAUUGGAAAACAUCCCAAUAUUUUAGGUCUUGUUGGUUUCGUUAACACAAAAACUAAGCUGAAAAUCGUUACUGAGUUUGUUGAUGAAGGAGAUCUUGGAAAAUACUUGAGGAAAAACAAAUCCAAAUUUGAGAAGCAGAGGACCCCUUUGUUAUCAUUCGCAUAUCAAAUUGCCGAUGGAAUGAAAAAAUUGGCAAGCAAUCAUUUCGUUCAUCGGGAAUUAACUCUUCAUAACGUUUUAGUAUCAAAAGACGAAACAAUUCGAAUUAACAAUCUGCAACUCGCUCGCAAAAUCGACAAAAAUACAAAUUCAUUAGGAGGUGCUGUAGUUUCGAAGCACGCAAUCGACCCACCUUUGAAGAGUGUGUUACAUUUUUUCGAGAAAAGCUAG